UACUUCAUUUUAUUUUAUUUUACUCUAGAAAAAUGUAGUAGGAAGUAGGAAGCCAUCAAUACUUUCAAUUUCUUCUACAUUUCAACCCCUUAAUGUCUUCUUCAAACGGCUGUUAGUUAUUGUUUGAAGAAUCAUGUUUCCGUUUUCAAGAAGAGGAAAGAAGCUUGGAAGCAGGGUAAAAGUUCAGCUUUCCGACUCUCCUCAGGGCGGACGCAGUCCUAUUCGUCACCCCAAACACGCAAACAAAUCGAAGGGUGAUAAUGUUACAACCGUAACGGUCAUCAAUGGUUCUGAUGACAAUAGCCAUUGUUCAUCCACUGCAACCGGAAAUACCGAAGGAUGGAGAAAGAUUUCAACAAGUGGAGAUAAACCGACACCUCGAUUCAAUCAUGCAUCGGCUGUAAUCGGAAAGAAGAUGAUUGUAGUUGGUGGUGAAUCUGGGAAAGGGUUAUUAGAAGAUGUACAGGUUUUGAAUUUAGAAAAUUAUUCAUGGACCAUAGCUUCAUCAAGACUAUACCUUUCACCAUCUAGUCUUCAACUAAAGAUUCCUGCAUGCAAGGGUCAUUGUUUGGUUCCUUGGGAGAAAAAGGUGCUUUUAGUUGGAGGCCGAACCUCCCCGCCAAGUGAUCGAGUAUCAGUGUGGGCAUUUGAUGUAGGAACAGAGUCUUGGUCACUUGUAGAGGCAAAAGGAGACAUCCCGAUUGCACGCAGUGGUCACACUGUAGUCCGAGCAGGCUCUAAAUUAAUAUUAUUCGGAGGUGAAGAUAAUAAGAGAAGAAAACUAAAUGAUCUACAUAUGUUUGAUCUUAAAUCACUCACAUGGCUUCCUCUUCAUUGCAAGGGAGCUGGACCUUCUGCAAGAUGUAACCAUGUGGCAACUCUUUACGAUGAUAAACUGCUUCUAGUAUUUGGAGGAACCUCAAAGUCGAAAUCGUUGAAUGAUUUGUUUAGCCUUGACUUUGAAACGAUGAUGUGGUCAAGAAUUAAAAUACAUGGUUUUCAUCCGUCACCUCGAGCCGGUUGCUGUGGAGUUUUGUGUGGAACAAAAUGGUAUAUUGCAGGUGGCGGUAGCAGAAAAAAACGACAUGCAGAGAUAUUAAUAUUUGAUAUUUUGAAACUGGAGUGGUCUGUUGUUCACACAUCAUCCCAACAAUCUAUCACUACCAACAAGGGCUUUAGUCUUGUGCUUUCACAAAAGAAGGAUGCGGAAUAUUUGGUUGCAUUUGGCGGUUUAAAGAAGGAACCUUCAGAUCAGGUUGAAAUACUAAUGUUGGAAAAGAAUGAAUCAACGAGUCGAAGAAUUACAUUGACAUCUAAAAAAUGCUCUUCGUCUACGGGACCCACAAGUGGUCCCGAGAAACAAAGUCUAGCAUCCGUAAUGGAACAUCACGGUUCGGGUAGGAAAUCUUUGUCUGAAUCUUUGUUAAUGGCUUCAAAUCCUGGUAACGUUUCACUAAGGAAAGAGCACGUUGAUGAUGACGUGGCGUUAAAACUAGCAAGAAAUUUGGAAGAUGAACGUUCCUCAUUGCCAAUGGAACAGAUAAAAAAACAUCCAACCACCCAAGAAUCUCCUUCCAUGGUGGAACCCGAAAACACAGAAAAAGACGAAAAACAAAAGAACGACGACACUGUUGCAUUCCAAGAAACCGACGGAAAAUCGGGUUCUUUUCCUGGUUCUUCAAGUAUUUAUCAAUCAUACGAAUUAAAAAUUUCGGCUUUAAUUCGCAAGAAAGGGAAUCUAGAAGGACAACUAGCAGCUGCAUUGGCGGGUCGGGAAGCUGCAGAAAAAAACAUUUCUUUUGUCGUAAAGAGCCGACAAGAAGCCGAAAAAAGAUUAAAUGACACACUGAAAGAUAUGGAAAUGAUGAAGGAAAAGUUAGUUUUGGUAGAAAUGGCGCAAGAAGAAGCUAAUAGUUUGUCGAAUGUUGUGCAUUCUGAUCAUGUGAAGCUUGAGCAUGAUGUUGCGUUUUUAAAGGCGGUUUUGGAUGACACACAAAAGGAGUUACAAUCAACAAGAGGAGUCCUCUCUGGAGAAAGAGCAAGAGCAUUUCAGCUGCAGGUAGAAGUUUUCCAUUUGAAGCAAAGGCUACAAUCAAUGGAGAAUCGAACACCAACUCCUAGAAAACCAUUUCUUGGAUGAUUUAAUUUGUUUUGUAAGAUGAUAAAUUCAUGAUGUAAAUUUUUACUCCAACCAUCAAAUCUGAGGCUAGUAUUGAAUUUAUUUUAGUUUUGAGUAAAUUACACUUUCUACUCCAA